AUGGCUUCAACAUUAUUAUCAACAAAUACAAACUUCCAACAUUUUGGACACAAAGUUUAUUCCACUGUUAGUCAAAAUAACAAUAAUCAAAAUGUAUUUCUUUCACCAGCAAGUAUUGCUCUUGCUAUGGCUAUGUGUACAGUUGGUGCUCGAAAAGAAACAUUAGAUCAAAUGUUACAUGUUCUUGAUGCAUCAUCAAUAGAAAAUUUAACAAAAACAGCUGAAAAAGUUAUGCAUAUUUUUUCUGUUGCUAAGCAUGAUACACAAGUUGAACUUAAACUAGCUAAUCGUCUUUAUGCACAAAAAGCAUAUAAACUUCAACAAGAAUAUUUGAGUCUUGUUCAAAGUUCUUUCAAGGCUGAUAUCAAACUCAAAGAUUUUCAAAAUGAUAAAGAUAAAGUUGUUCACAAAAUAAAUGCAUGGGUUGAAAAAAAAACAAAUAAUUUAAUUCAAAAUUUACUUUCGACAAAUGAUAUUUCGCGUGAUACACGAUUGAUUAUUGUUAAUUGUAUUUAUUUUAAGGGUACGUGGGUAGAACAAUUCCAAGAACAUUUAACAGAUCAAAAUGCUGAUUUUCAUGGAGCUAAUGGUAAAAUAUCAAAAAUAAAACUAAUGCAUCAAAAAGAAAAAUUUUAUUAUGCUGAGAAUAAAGAUUUACAUGUUCAAAUUGCUCAUUUACCAUAUAAAAGUGAUAGCCACGAUGUUCAAUUUGUUUUUACUGUAAUCUUACCAAAACAAGGUGUUUCAUUGGAUGAAGUUGAAAGAAAAUUAACGUCGAAACCAAACUUAAUGCAACAAGUACUAAGUGAUGAAAAUACAACAAGACAAGAACUUCUUUUAUAUUUACCAAAAUUCAAAAUGGAAGCUACAUUCGUAUUAAAUGAUGUUCUUAUACAUCUUGGAAUGAAAAAUGCAUUUAGUGAAAGAAAAGCUGAUUUUACUGGUAUUGUCAGUGAACAAGAUGAUAGAAAUGGCUUAUAUAUUAGCAAGGUUAUUCAUAAAGCAUUUAUCGAUGUCAAUGAACUAGGAUCGGAAGCAGCAGCAGCUACUGCGACUUUUAUGUUGUGUGGCAGUGCAGCAAUGCUUGAGAAAGAACAGCCAAUUGAAUUCAAAGUUGAUCGACCAUUUUUAUUUUUCAUUCGUGAAAGUCAACAAAACAUUGUUUUAUUCAGUGGCAAAUAUAUUUCACCACCAACAGCUUCAUAA